AUGUCUAACGUCGCUCGUCGUUCACAACCUGCCUAUUCAUCCGGAGUUUUCGAGGUUACCGAAGAGAUCGCUAGCACUCUCGUGGCUCAAUCUGGUUUUCGCACCGUUCAUUCCGGUCUCAAUUGCGCCGGAAUCGAUGGUCAGUCAGCACUGGAACAUCCAAUCCUAUUGUCGGCUUAUUCUGGCUUGGGAGUCGGUUUGAGCGUUUCCGAGAUGUAUGCGUUGAAGUGCAAGGUUAUUGCUCCAAACAAUGCUCAGCCCCCCCAUUUCAUUCACGAGAUGAGUCAUCACAUUCACGUGGGCAAUUCAGAGACUUUCCCUGGAAAUCUGGUCGACAAUACGUCGAUAAGCUCCAUCGGUGUGAUCACCGAACGUCGCACCCUGAUUGAAAAGCCUUAUGGUGGUAAGCCAACGACGGUGUGCAUUGUCAGGCACACUGAUUGGGAUCCUACUACUUCGGCCAAUGUUGAGUUUAACAUUGAGUACUGGUGUCGUCCAGUCAGAAACCUCAUCAAGACACAGAAUUUAUUCCAGCGUGGACGGGAAGUGUCCUUAACAGGAUUUAUAACGGGUCGUGACCGAAGCCGUCACCUUUUGCAGGUUGAUGUGUAUUCGGUGUCCGUGGCGACCGGCCACGAAAACAUCAAUUCACCAUCUCCCGGAGGUGCAACCGGCCAAUCACGUACCACCAGAGCUGGUCAAAUUAGGCUUCCUAGACCGGACGAGCAAGGCACUGCGUAUGAGCCGCCGUCAUCUUCGCCUACCGAAUCAACCCGGACGGCGGCGAUUAGUGAAUCUCACUUCUUGCCGUUUGUCGAGGCAUCGGGAUCCUCGGCCGUCCCUACGCCUGUUGAUUCCCCAGAACAACCGAUAAACGCGGGUUCGCUGGUUGGUAUCCUCCAAGAGUUAGAUCCCGCCGGUGCCUCCACUGAUGCCAACGGAAAUGUGCGACAGUCUGCACGUGCAAGCGCCAAUUCCAACGGCAAACGCCCACGGGGUAUCGGUCUAUAA